AUGAGAUCCUCUUCAAUUCUUUUUAAAUAUUUUCGAACUAAAUUUCAUUAUCGUUUUACUUCAUCAUAUGCAGUUCAUGAACUACAAGCUGAUCAAUAUGGUGUACCAGGUGAAGUUCUUAAACUUAAUCAUACAACAACAAUCGAUGCAAAUCAAUUAAAAUCUAAUGAUGUAUUAAUUAAAUUAUUAGCUUCACCAAUAAAUCCAGCUGAUAUAAAUAUGAUUGAAGGAAAAUAUGCAUUACUACCAUCAUCAUUACCAGCAACAUUUGGUAAUGAAGGUGUUUUUCAAGUUAUUGAUCAUCGAGCAUCAGAUGAACAAGUUCGUCCAGGUGAUUGGGUUCUACCUAAAAAGCUUGAAUGGGGUAAAUGGCGUUCAUAUGGUAUUGUAUCAAUAAAUGAUUUAAUUAAAAUUCCAUCAGAUAUUGACGUGGAAUCAGCUGCAACAUUAUCAGUUAAUCCAUGUACAGCAUAUCGAUUAUUAAAAGAUUUUGUUACAUUAGAAACAGGUGAUACAGUUAUACAAAAUGGUGGAAAUUCAAGUGUUGGACAAGUUGUUAUACAAUUGGGUAAAUUAUGGAAUAUUAAUGUUGUUAAUAUUGUAAGAAAUCGUGAACAAGGUAUGAAUGAAUUAGUUGAGUAUUUAAAAUCAAUUGGUGCUGAACAUAUUUAUGUUGAAGAAGAUUUACGAAAAGAAACUCUUCGUAAAACUCUUUGGUCAACUAUACCUCGACCAAAACUUGGUCUUAAUUGUGUUGGUGGACGAGCUACAAGUGAUCUUCUUCGUGUACUUGAUAAAUCAGCUACAUUAGUUACAUAUGGUGGUAUGAGUAAACAACCAGUAACUGUUCCAACAGCAGAAUUUAUAUUUAAUGAUCUUAUUUGUCGAGGUUUUUGGAUGAGUCGAUGGAAAUCAGAAAAUUAUAAAGGAAGUGAAUUUUCAAUAAUGCUUCACGAAUUAAUUGAUUUUAUUCGACGUGAUCAACUUAAACCACCACAAUGUCAAAAAUUUUUAUUAAAUGAUUAUAAAACAGCUAUUGAACAAGCACAACAACCAAUGAAUACGAAAAAAAUUCUUUUAACAGCUGAAUAA